AUGGUUGACUGUCCAAAGGAAAGAAAACCUCCUAGGUUUCCGGACUUCAUCCAGUUGAUUGACAUGGCCUCUGAGUCAGUUGGAGGAAAGAUUUUAUUUGCGACAGAUGACUUUUUUGCUCCUGCAGAAAACCUUUUAAAGAGUGAUGCCCCACAUUUUAAAGAACAUGAAUAUACUGAAUUUGGAAAAUGGAUGGAUGGAUGGGAAACUAGAUGGAGAAGGAUUCCAGGUCAUGACUGGUGUAUAAUCAAAUUGGGAAUACAAGGAAUUAUCCGAGGUUUUGACGUGGACAUUUCUUACUUUGAGGGAAAUUAUGCUCCCCGAAUGUCAAUCCAAGCAGCAAAUUAUCCAGAAGAUAAACUACCAGAAUUACCAGAAAGAGGACUCAGAUUAGGAACUGCAGCCACAGCUGAGGAAUUUGAAGCUAUUUCUGAGCUAAAGUCGGAAAACUGGAAUUACUUGGUUCCCUUGGCAGAGCUUCAACCAGGAAAACGAGGUUCUAGCCACAAUUAUUUUCCUGCCAAUGUCAACCAAAGAUGGACUCACAUACGGCUCAACAUUUUCCCAGAUGGUGGAAUUGCACGUUUUAGAGUAUAUGGUACUGGACAAAAAAACUGGACUGCAACGGAUCCCAAAGAAGCUCUAGACCUGGUGACCAUUGCUAGUGGGGGCGUCUGUGUGGGGUUCAGUAAUUCAUAUUUUGGUCACCCAAACAAUAUCAUAGGUGUUGGCAUAGCAAAGUCUAUAGCAGAUGGCUGGACAACUGCAAGGAGAUUGGACAGACCACCAGUAUUAGAAAGAGAUGAGAAUGGCAUUCUCCUGGUUCCAGGUUGUGAAUGGGCAGUCUUCCGAUUAGCACAUCCUGGCGUCAUAACUCAAAUUGAAAUAGAUACAAAAUAUUUUAAAGGCAAUUUUCCUGACAACUGUCAACUUGAUGGUUGUAUCCUAACAAGCCAAGAGGAAGUAGACAUGAUUAAGCAAAACUGGGCUCUUCCAGACCAUAAAUGGAAAUUGUUGCUCCCAGCUACAAAGUUACUACCAAACCAGAAUAAUCUGUUUGACAGUCUAACCUUGGAGCUCCAAGAUGUCAUCACCCAUGCCAGGCUGACAAUUGUCCCUGAUGGAGGAGUGAGCCGUCUUCGGCUUAAGGGCUUUCCUAGCUCCAUCUGCCUUCUAUGGCCAAGGGAAAAGCCCACGUCGAGGUUUUCAGUUAAACCAGGUUUCAGAACAAACCUUUAA